CUUUAGCUCUGCCACGGAUUACCACUCGUGAGCGAAAGGCGCAGACCGUAAAUUGACUGCGCUGGAGCGCAAACCAACACGAUCGCGUUCUUGUCUGUGUGUAUUAUUUCUCGACUGUCGCCGUUCCACCAUACUCUUUAAGCAUAGGUAUUACAGGACAGCUGCGGAAAUGACAAGCUCCAUGUCUCCGUCUCUGGCUAUACGUUCCUAAAAAGACCAAAGAUGCUGCUUCCGAACCGGAUUGAACGACAACCCCGGGCCUCCCUCCUGCCCGGGGUUCUGCUGUGUUUCUGUGUUAUUCUCACCACUGUUUCUGCUAGUAGAGCUAUGCCAGCGAAGACGAAAUGCCAUGCCAUAGACUGUGCCCGUGAGAGGCGGGACUUCUGCCAGGUGGGCUCCUCUCACUGCGGCCCUUGCCUCUCUCCAUUGGAGGAGAACGAGGAAGGGAAGUGUGUGGUCAAGAAGAUCCCCUAUAACUAUGAUAAAAUGACGACCAUCCCUGACCUAGAUGAGGAGAUCGACUUCCUCCAAUCAGUCAUCAACAAACAGCAGGUGGUGGAGGGCAACCAAGCAAUCACCUCCUCCAAGAAAGCUCCCACUUUUCCACAGACAGAUUCUCCAAGCCAGAGACUCCAGGACCAGCUCAUGGCCGGUCGGUCCACCUCCACCCCCAAGCCUGCCACCUCCACCCCCAAGCCCCCCACUACCAAGCCCCCCUUCGAGAGCAAGGGGAGUGGAGGACCCCUCGCCAUCCCGUACCGUUCCAAGGACGGACUCCUUAUUAUUAUGAUUUCAGUGUGUAUCCUGCUUGGCACAGUGGCCAUGAUCCUGGCAACAGUGUGUUGGUUCAGGUUGAAGAGAGAAAUGCGCCUGGUCCAGAAGAUAGACUACCAAGCUUUUGGUGGAAAACCUCCUGGAACAGCAAACGGCACCUCUGUGGGGGAUCAGACUUUGGCCCAGAGUGCUCAGAUGUACCACUACCAGCACCAGAAGCAGCAGAUGAUCUCAAUGGCAAAACAAAAACAAGAACAGAAGGUCCCCGACUCCGGAGCUAACUCUGAUGAAGAGGAAGUGGGAGGAGACUUCACUGUGUAUGAGUGUCCGGGUCUGGCACCGACAGGUGAGAUGGAAGUGAAGAAUCCCUUGUUUGACGACUCCACUUUACAAUACCAGAGAAAGUGAAACAUUUGGACCAACACAAAGCAUAGCCCCCCCCACACACACACAAGCCAGUCCUUACUCUGGAAAAAGCCGACCCGAUCUCAGAAAACUGGAUGAGGCCUGUUAAAAAAAGACAAGAAAUAAAGAAUGAAAGAUGGAGUAGUUAACUGUGAAGGCUUCAUUUCUACGGACGAUCACAUGAACCAAUAUCUUAUGGUGUCUAUGACUGUCAUACUUGUCACAUUUCAUAUUCUGUAUAGUGUCUGGGUCACACAAAGCCCGUCUCAGUGAAACACACAUGGUUCCGGUCUGUUCUCUCAUCCUUUGGGGUUUUGUCGUUUAUCGAGUAAGUUUGUUUCAACCUUUACGCAAAGUUAGCCCGAAAGAAGUUAGGAGUCACACAUUGAGCCCUUUGUGUUGGAUUUAAGAUUGUCUGUAUCUUAGUGUUCCCCUGGCUUGCCUUCAUAAUGUUAAUCGUUUGUGCAGCUACUUCCCAAAGCCUCUAUUUGAAUGUGACACAAAAACAAACAUAUAUAUGAUCCAGAAGACACACACGUCGACACAUUUAAGAACCUCAAUGUCCUCCUACCUUCUCUCCUCAUCACAGCUAAAACCUUUUCCAGUAUAUUCAAUUAUAGGUACAACUAAUGUUUUGUUUUCCUUCCUUAAGAAACCACAGGACCGGAGAAAUCCUGGUUUUUAACCAUAAGUUUAACAUGUUAGGUGCCCAGUCCUCGGUUCAGAUAUCCCAUUCCCAUUUCACUUGAUUGAGUGUCUUUGGAUACUCUCCAACCAACUAGGUUUGACAUCACAGCUACUGCCAUUUUGGAGCAGCAAGGAUUGUUAUGUGUAGAGAGAGAGAGUGCACAUACAAAUGACCAAGUUACACAUCGUUUUGAGAGUCCCCUGUAUGCCCUAUGCAGAUGCUCCUACCAUCAAGAAACUAUGAACAGAACAGUACCGCUCUGCUGAUAUUCAACAACUGGUUAGAAUUAACGUUAGUUAAUAGUAAUUGACCAUCUGUUGAUAGUUUAUUGAGUAUAUGCUGGGCAUUUAGAGAUUAUCUACAGAUUGACUCUGAAAUAAAGUGUUACAAAGAUAUAUAUAUACUGUGUCUAUGAAAGGUUAGCACCAAAGUAAGUAUAUUGCAUGCUUUGAUUAAAAAUGAUUUCAUUAGAUAUAUUUAUGCUGAUUUUAACACGUAUCUGUAAACUCUCGGUGAGGAAGUGACAUUGCAGCACUUGUAUGAAAGAACAGAUGAUGGCAUUAAAACAUGGUAGACGUCACUUUCUUGUAUUACUUCUCAGUGGCAAGACCACUGUUAGUCCCAAUCCCUGCAAAAACAGAAUUCGAAAGAGUUCACUUUUUCUAAGUCUUUGUAUAUGCAGGCCUAGCUGAAUCUGAAUUAAAAGAUUUUUAUUACAAGUGGAA